CAGAUCUAGUGGUGAUGUAUAAAUUGCAGCCCUUUCUUUUUUCCAAAGGCUUCUAAAAUAGAUUUUCAGAAUUCGGGCUGAAUUUUUGCUGCUGCAUGUAUGGUGACUCUUGAUUUUUCUCCCUUCAGGGAAGCAUCCUUUGCAGCAUUCCCCCUCCCAAGGAAUCACUUGGGCACUUCCAGCUGGUGACAGGGGUACAGCCACAGACAGCGUCCUCUGUCCCAGCUGUCUUUUGCACUAACUACAGUCAAUGCAUGGCGAUGGCUGCGCUCGCUUGUAAAGGAGGGUCAGGUAGGGGAAGGUGUAGGAGGAAGCCUGGAGACCGUCCUUUUGCUUUUUAAAAGCUUCACCUCCUCCAGCAUCUUUGCUUUGUGAAUGCCUCCCUGCGUCUAGUCCCGGCCUUUCUCUCCAGCGAUUGGAAUGCUGCUGCCUGCCUGAUUAAAGGGCCCGAGGACAGCACCUUCUGCACGGAAGCCGGGCUCAGGAGGGUCGUGUUAAUGCAUUAUGGCUCAUGCCGCCUCGCAAUUAAAGAAGAACAGGGAUUUAGAAAUCAAUGCCGAAGAAGAGACUGAGAAAAAAAGGAAACACCGCAAACGGUCCCGCGAUCGGAAGAAAAAGUCGGAUGCCAACGCGAGUUACCUCAGGGCGGCUAGAGCGGGACACUUAGAAAAGGCCCUUGACUACAUCAAAAACGGAGUCGACAUCAACAUUUGCAAUCAGAAUGGGUUGAAUGCUCUCCAUCUUGCUUCCAAAGAAGGCCACGUGGAAGUUGUUUCUGAGCUACUACAGAGAGAAGCCAAUGUGGAUGCAGCUACGAAGAAAGGAAAUACAGCAUUGCACAUAGCCUCAUUGGCAGGACAAGCAGAAGUAGUAAAGGUCUUGGUUACAAAUGGAGCCAACGUCAAUGCUCAAUCUCAGAAUGGCUUUACCCCGCUGUAUAUGGCAGCCCAGGAGAACCACCUGGAAGUCGUCAAGUUCCUUCUUGACAAUGGUGCGAGCCAGAGCCUGGCCACAGAGGAUGGCUUCACGCCCUUGGCAGUAGCUUUGCAACAAGGUCACGACCAAGUGGUUUCGCUGCUGCUGGAGAAUGACACCAAAGGGAAGGUGCGCCUUCCAGCGCUUCACAUCGCUGCCCGGAAAGACGACACCAAGGCCGCGGCCCUGCUGCUGCAGAACGACAACAACGCAGACGUGGAGUCGAAGAUGGUGGUGAAUAGAACAACCGAGAGUGGCUUCACUCCGCUCCACAUAGCCGCUCAUUAUGGAAAUAUCAACGUCGCCACGUUGCUGUUGAACCGAGCGGCUGCUGUGGACUUCACUGCAAGGAAUGACAUUACUCCUUUGCACGUCGCAUCAAAAAGAGGAAACGCCAAUAUGGUGAAACUGCUGCUUGACCGAGGCGCUAAAAUUGAUGCCAAAACAAGGGACGGUCUGACGCCGUUACACUGCGGAGCCCGGAGCGGCCAUGAGCAGGUGGUGGAGAUGUUGCUGGAUCGAGCUGCCCCCAUCCUCUCAAAAACCAAGAAUGGAUUGUCUCCAUUGCACAUGGCCACGCAAGGCGAUCACCUCAACUGCGUCCAGCUUCUCCUCCAGCACAAUGUGCCCGUGGACGACGUCACCAAUGACUACCUGACGGCCCUGCACGUGGCUGCUCACUGUGGUCACUACAAAGUCGCCAAGGUGCUCUUGGACAAGAAAGCUAACCCCAAUGCCAAAGCCUUGAACGGCUUUACUCCGCUCCAUAUUGCCUGCAAGAAGAACCGGAUCAAAGUCAUGGAACUCCUGCUGAAGCACGGCGCAUCCAUCCUAGCUGUGACCGAGUCGGGCCUUACCCCUAUCCAUGUUGCUGCCUUCAUGGGACAUGUAAAUAUUGUAUCACAACUCAUGCAUCAUGGAGCCUCACCAAACACCACCAAUGUGAGAGGCGAAACAGCGCUGCACAUGGCUGCACGGUCGGGUCAAGCUGAAGUUGUGCGGUAUCUGGUACAAGACGGAGCUCAAGUGGAAGCUAAAGCUAAGGAUGACCAAACCCCACUGCACAUUUCAGCCAGACUGGGGAAGGCAGAUAUAGUGCAACAGCUGCUGCAGCAAGGAGCAUCUCCAAAUGCAGCCACGACAUCGGGGUACACCCCCCUCCACCUCGCAGCCCGAGAGGGGCACGAAGACGUGGCCUCCUUCCUUUUAGAUCACGGCGCAUCUCUGUCCAUAACAACAAAGAAAGGAUUUACUCCCCUUCACGUGGCAGCAAAGUAUGGGAAACUUGAAGUAGCCAAUCACCUGCUGCAGAAGAGUGCGUCUCCUGAUGCUUCCGGGAAGAGCGGGCUAACUCCACUGCAUGUAGCUACGCACUACGAUAAUCAGAAAGUGGCCCUUCUGCUUUUGGACCAAGGAGCCUCACCUCAUGCAGCUGCAAAGAAUGGUUACACGCCACUGCACAUCGCUGCCAAAAAGAACCAAAUGGACAUUGCGACGACCCUGCUGGAGUAUGGUGCUGAUGCCAACGCAGUUACCCGGCAAGGAAUCGCCUCUGUCCAUCUCGCAGCUCAGGAAGGACACGUGGACAUGGUAUCACUGCUCCUCAGCAGAAACGCCAACGUGAACUUGAGCAAUAAGAAUGGCCUGACGCCACUCCAUUUGGCUGCUCAAGAAGACAGAGUGAAUGUGGCCGAAGUCCUCGUCAACCAAGGAGCACAGGUGGAUGCGCAGACAAAGAUGGGAUAUACACCAUUACACGUGGGCUGCCACUAUGGAAACAUCAAGAUCGUUAAUUUCCUGCUCCAGCACUCUGCGAAGGUUAAUGCCAAAACCAAGAACGGGUACACGCCGCUGCAUCAGGCUGCUCAGCAGGGACAUACACAUAUAAUCAACGUGUUACUUCAGAACGGUGCCUCCCCCAACGAACUCACUGUGAAUGGAAACACUGCCCUGGCCAUUGCCCGGCGGCUUGGCUACAUCUCAGUGGUCGACACCCUCAAGGUGGUGACUGAGGAGACCAUGAUAACAACGACCGUCACAGAGAAGCACAAAAUGAAUGUUCCAGAAACUAUGAAUGAAGUUCUUGAUAUGUCUGAUGAUGAAGUUCGCAAAGCCAACGCCCCUGAAAUGCUCAGUGAUGGCGAAUAUAUCUCAGAUGUUGAAGAAGGUAAUAGAUGCACAUGGUACAAAAUCCCCAAGGUACAAGAGUUUACGGUAAAAAGUGAAGAUGCCAUGACGGGGGACACAGACAAGUAUCUUGGUCCCCAAGACCUGAAGGAGCUGGGUGACGACUCUCUGCCUGCAGAGGGCUACAUGGGCUUCAGUCUCGGAGCCCGCUCUGCCAGUCCCAAGGUCAGUUCGGAUAGGUCGUACACCUUGAACAGAAGCUCCUACGCCCGGGACAGCAUGAUGAUUGAGGAGCUCCUCGUGCCGUCCAAAGAACAGCAUCUAACAUUCACAAGAGAAUUUGACUCAGAUUCUCUUAGACAUUACAGCUGGGCUGCAGACACCUUGGACAACGUCAAUCUUGUUUCAAGCCCUGUUCAUUCUGGGUUUCUGGUUAGCUUUAUGGUGGAUGCAAGAGGUGGUUCCAUGAGAGGAAGCCGUCACCAUGGAAUGAGAAUCAUCAUUCCUCCCCGCAAGUGUACAGCCCCCACCCGAAUCACCUGCCGUUUGGUAAAGAGACAUAAACUGGCCAACCCACCCCCCAUGGUGGAAGGAGAGGGAUUAGCCAGUAGGCUGGUAGAAAUGGGUCCUGCAGGGGCACAGUUUUUAGGUAAACUGCAUCUUCCCACCAAUCCUCCCCCUGUAAAUGAGGGUGAGAGCUUGGUUAGCCGAAUCCUGCAGCUUGGGCCUCAAGGAACAAAAUUUAUUGGCCCCGUCAUAGUGGAAAUCCCUCACUUUGGGUCAAUGAGAGGAAACGAGAGAGAGCUCAUUGUUCUUCGCAGUGAAAAUGGCGAAACGUGGAAGGAGCAUCAAUUUGACAGUAAAAAUGAAGACUUAACCGAAUUACUGAAUGGCAUGGAUGAAGAACUUGAUAGCCCAGAGGAGUUAGGGAAAAAGCGCAUCUGCAGGAUUAUCACUAAGGAUUUCCCCCAGUAUUUUGCGGUGGUUUCACGCAUUAAGCAGGAAAGCAACCAGAUCGGCCCUGAAGGGGGCAUUCUGAGCAGUACCACGGUGCCCCUUGUCCAGGCGUCCUUCCCAGAGGGCGCUUUAACCAAGAGAAUUCGAGUGGGCCUCCAGGCCCAGCCUGUUCCGGAUGAAAUGGUGAAAAAGAUCCUGGGAAACAAAGCGACAUUUAGCCCAAUUGUCACUGUGGAACCAAGGAGGAGGAAAUUCCACAAACCAAUCACCAUGACCAUUCCUGUGCCCCCGCCUUCAGGAGAAGGUGUAGCCAAUGGGGACAAGGGGGACACCACACCCAACCUGCGCCUACUCUGCAGCAUUACAGGGGGCACUUCACCCGCCCAGUGGGAAGACAUCACCGGAACUACUCCUUUGACAUUUAUAAAGGAUUGCGUCUCCUUUACAACCAAUGUUUCAGCCAGGUUUUGGCUGGCAGACUGCCAUCAGGUUUUAGAAACUGUUGGAUUAGCCACGCAGUUGUACAGGGAAUUAAUAUGCGUUCCCUACAUGGCCAAGUUUGUUGUUUUUGCCAAAAUGAACGACCCUGUGGAAUCCUCCCUGCGGUGUUUCUGUAUGACAGAUGACAAAGUGGACAAGCCCUUGGAACAGCAAGAGAAUUUUGAGGAAGUUGCAAGAAGCAAAGAUAUCGAGGUUCUGGAAGGAAAGCCUAUUUAUGUUGAUUGCUAUGGAAACCUGGCCCCACUCACCAGAGGAGGACAUCAACUUGUUUUUAACUUUUAUUCUUUCAAAGAAAACAGACUGCCAUUUUCCAUCAAAAUUAGAGACACCAGCCAAGAGCCCUGUGGUCGUUUGUCUUUUCUGAAAGAAGCAAAGACAACGAAAGGAUUGCCUCAGACAGCUGUCUGCAACUUAAACAUCACUCUGCCGGCACAUAAAAAGGAGGCAGAGUCAGAUCAAGAUGAUGAGACGGAGAAAAACGAUAGACGACAGAGUUUUGCUUCUUUAGCGUUACGUAAGCGCUACAGCUACUUGAGUGAACCUGGAAUGAAAACAGUUGAACGGAGUGCAGGAGCCACAAGAUCCCUCCCCACCACUUACUCAUACAAGCCCUUCUUUCCGACGAGACCAUCCCCGCCCUGGACUGCGGCUCCGACGACAGCGCCCGGGCCGGUCAAGUCCGGCUUCACCUCCCUGUCCAGCUCCUCCUCCAACACUCCGUCAGCCUCGCCCUUAAAAUCCAUAUGGUCGGUUUCGACGCCGUCUCCAAUCAAAUCCACGCUAGGCGCCUCCACCACCUCUUCCGUUAGAUCCAUUAGUGACGUGGCGUCUCCAAUUAGAGCCUUCCGGACAAUUGCGUCCCCGAUAAAAACAGUGGGGUCACCGUCUCCGUACACGCUGCACGUGUCCGCCGGUACCCUGGUUCGACCGCCCGCAGUCGCAGAGGCGCCGCCCCUGAAAGGGCUGGCGGCCAGCGCCGCCUUUUCCCCUCGCCCCUCUCCGGGGACGACGGCAGGGUCCCUUUUGGAGCGGUCUUCAAUCACGAUGACCCCCCCUGCAUCCCCCAAAUCAAACAGUACGGUGUAUGCCUCCAGCUUGCCCUUGAAGCCCAACGUCCCAUCCGCAGCGCCGCUCCUGUCGUCCCCGCUCAAGUCAGGGGGGGCUGCAGCUCAGUCGGCGCUGCUGGACAUCGCGUCCUCAGCUAAGGUGACCCUGGCGUCCCCGCUCUCGUCCCCUGUGCGGCCGAUGCCGGGGCUUGCCGAGGUGCCGCUCGUCAACGGCUCUGUCUCCCCUCUGAAGUACCCGUCCUCGUCCGCUCUCAUCAAUGGAUGCAAAGCCACUGCCCCCCUGCACGGAAAGCCAUCUGCGGCCAGCGCGGCCGCGGCCCCGGCGGAGAAGGUCUUUUCGGCGCUUUCCCCGGGUCUCCGGCCCUACAGCCCGGCAGCUCCGGCAGCCUUCCCGCCCCUUCGAACUCCCUCCGCAAGUGCACUCUAUGCGUCCCUGGGGUCGUCCAUCGCUGCAACUACCUCAUCCGUCACGUCCUCCGUAAUAACCGUGCCAGUAUACUCUGUAGUCAAUGUUUUGCCAGAACCAGCGUUAAAAAAGCUCCCAGACUCGAGUUCCCUUACAAAAGCAACAGCAGCCUUGCUGUCACCCAUGAAACCACUGGCGACGGAGACGCGGUCUCAGCCCCCUUUCCAUCGAACUUCAUCGCCAGGGAAGUCGUCCCUGUUCCUCGCGCCCUCUGCCCUUAAGCUGUCAACACCCUCGUCGUUAUCUUCCAGUCAGGAGAUCCUCAAAGAUGUGGCCGAGAUGAAAGAGGACCUCAUUCGGAUGACAGCCAUUCUCCAGACGGACGUGCCUGAAGAGAAGCCAUUCCAGACCGAACCCCCCAAAGAAGGGAGGAUCGACGAUGAGGAGCCUUUCAAAAUCGUCGAGAAAGUAAAGGAAGACUUAGUGAAAGUUAGUGAGAUUCUCAAAAAGGAUGUGUGUGUGGAGAGUAAAGCGGCACCCAGAUCGCCUAAGAGUGACCAAGGCCAUUCCCCAGAAGACGACUGGACCGAAUUCAGUCCCGAGGAGAUUAAGGAAGCGAGGCAGGUGGCUGCGUGCCGUUCCCCCUCUCUGCCAGAAAGGGUGCAGGUCAGGGCCAAAGCCACCUCGGAGAAGGAUUACAACUUGACCAAAGUGAUCGAUUACCUAACCAAUGAUAUUGGGAGUGGCGCCCUGACCAACUUCAAGUAUAAGUUGGAGGAUGCCAAAAAGGAGGGUGAGGAGAGGCAGAAACGGAUUUUGAAACCAGCCAUCGCGCUGCAGGAGCACAAACUCAAGAUGCCUCCUGCCUCCAUGAGGCCUUCCACCUCCGAGAAAGAAUUGUGCAAAAUGGCCGAUUCCUUUUUUGGAACAGACACGAUUUUAGAGUCGCCGGACGACUUUUCUCAACACGACCAGGAUAAGAGUCCCUUGUCUGACAGCGGCUUCGAGACGAGAAGUGAGAAAACGCCGUCAGCCCCCCAGAGUGCUGAAAGCACUGGCCCUAAACCCCUUUUCCACGAGGUUCCCAUCCCUCCUGUCAUUACAGAGACGAGGACGGAGGUGGUCCACGUCAUCAGGAGCUACGAGCCCUCGGCCGGGGACGUGCCCCCGUCCCAACCAGAUGAGCCCGGCUCACCCAAAGCGCCAGCGGCUUUUACAGAACUGGAGCCAAAGCCCGCCACGACUAGUAUUAAAGAAAAAGUUAAAGCCUUUCAACUGAAAGCCAGCAGUGAAGAGGAAGACCACAACCGGGUGUUGAGCAAAGGCAUGCGCGUGAAAGAAGAGACUCACAUCACCACCACUACCAGGAUGGUUUACCACUCUCCACCGGGCAGCGAAGGGGCCUCGGAACGAAUUGAAGAGACCAUGUCAGUGCAUGACAUCAUGAAGGCUUUCCAGUCCGGGCGGGACCCUUCCAAAGAGCUGGCAGGUCUGUUUGAGCAUAAGUCUGCAGUGUCUCCAGACAUUCACAAGUCUGCUGCUGACCCCUCACCCCAGCACGCAGAGAAGGACCACCCAAUGAAACCCAAACUGGAGCGUAUAAUAGAAGUCCACAUCGAAAAAGGUAACCAGGCUGAGCCCACUGAAGUCAUUAUUAGAGAGACCAAAAAACAUCCCGAGAAGGAAAUGUAUGUCUAUCAGAAAGACUUAUCCCGGGGCGAUAUUAACCUAACAGAUUUUCUGCCAGAAAAACACGAUGCGUUUCCUUGUGCAGAGGAGCAGGGUCAGCCAGAAGAAGAAGAACUGACUGCGGAAGAGUCCUUGCCUUCUUACCUGGAGUCUUCCAGGGUCAACACUCCCGUGUCCCAAGAAGACGACACUCGCCCGAGUUCUGCCCAGCUCACAGCUGAUGACGCUUACAAAACCUUGAGGCUUCUGAGUCAGCACUCCGUAGAAUACCAUGACGAUGAGCUGUCAGAACUAAGAGGGGAGUCGUACAGGUUUGCUGAGAAAAUGCUCCUGUCAGAAAAGCUAGAUGUGUCUCAGUCUGAUACUGAGGAAUCCGUUACUGACCGUGCAGGACCCCCUAGCUCAGAGGUACAGGGCUCUGAUAAGCGGGCCAGAGAAAAAGUAGCCACUGCCCCCCAAAAAGAAAUGCUCUCCAAAAUCUAUAAAGAUGUGUCUGAAAAUGGUGUAGGUAAAGUGUCCAAAGAUGAGCCUUUUGAUAAAGUGGCAGUGUUGCACUACUCUGGCGAUGUUAGUAGUCCAAAACAUGCCAUGUGGAUGCGCUUCACUGAGGACAGAUUAGACAGAGGUAGAGAGAAGUUGCUAUAUGAAGACAGGGUGGACAGGACCGUGAAGGAGGCGGAAGAAAAACUGACUGAAGUGUCACAGUUUUUUCGUGACAAAACGGAAAAGUUGAACGAUGAACUGCAGUCCCCAGAGAAAAAGCCACGCCUUCGAAACGGCCAAGAACACGCUGCUCAAAGCUCGAGCCGCAGCAGCCCUGAGAAAGCACUGCUGAUGGAGCUGCUGGCCUCCAACGACGAGUGGGUCAGGGCGAGGCAGCAGGGCCGUGACGUGCAAGCCGAGGAGAGGAAAGCGGCUAGUCUGCCCAGCAGCCCGGAGAAGAGGGUCCUUUCCCAGCAAACGGAGGACGGCAAGCCCCCGGGGGAAGUCAGAGGAAGUGUCUCCCCCAGCAGAUCACCAGAUGGGCCCCAGUCUGGGUUUCAGCUCAAACAAUCCAAGCUCAGUUCCAUUAGGUUAAAAUUUGAACAAGGCUUACACGCAAAGAAUAAGGACAUGUCUCCAGAAGACAGAAGGCCAGAUGGCCAAUCCCGAAUCCCUGUCAAGAAAAUACAGGAGAGCAAGCUACCCGUCUUCCCGGCGUCUGCUAGAGAGAAGCAGCAGAGGGCCAUAGAUCUCUCCGAGGAAAGCGUGUCGGUGCAAAGAAAUGUUAUGGGAUUGAAACCGAAAGAUGACCCGGGCCAAAGCCAUGCGGUUGUUGUAAACGAUGCUGGCUCUGAUGAUGUGACAAAACCGAGAACUGAAAUGUCCACUAAAGCAGUGCCUGACUCUUUUUCUGAGCAACAGGCUAAAGACUUGGCAUGUCAUGUAACCUCAGAGGUAGCAACCAAGGGACCAUGGGACAAAAAGGUUUUUAGAACAUGGGAAAGUUCUGGAGCUACUAACAAUAAGUCACAGAAAGAAAAACUUUCGCAUGUGCUUGUUCAUGAUGUGAGAGAGAAUCACGUGGGUCACCCCGAGACUAAAAGUGUUGAUCGAAAGAGUGAAUUUAUGUCUGUGACUGAGAGAGAACACACAUUGUUAACUAAUGGCGCUCUCUCAGAAAUGAAGGACAUGCCUGUAAAAUCGCCCUCCAAAAAGGUCUUAUAUAGGGACUAUGUUGUGAAGGACGGGGAGCGUCCCGGCGGCGCUCCCGGCCAGCCCUCCAGGAGAAGUGAGAGCACGGCAGUGUCGCACAUCCCAGUCAGAGUGGCCGAGGAGAGGAGGGUGGCGUCGUCUCAGGGUCCUGACGGUGUGGGCGAGCAGUCGACACUUCCCAAACACGAACUGCCGCAAACGUUACCCCCUUCAAGUAUGAGUAAAGAGACAGUUGAGAUACAGCACUUUAAUUCCAUAGAAGAUGAAAGAGUUACCUAUUCAGAAAUCAGCAAGUUUUCCAAAAACCAAAGCUAUGUAGGCUUGUGCCCUCCUCUCGAUGCAACUGAAACCUCCCCCACCAGAUCGCCCGAUUCCUUAGAGGUUAGCCCAGGGAAGGAAUCUCCCUCUAGUGAUGUGUGCGACCAUAGUGCCACUGAUGGAUUGGGGAAAGUGGCACCCCUUGUCCAGACAGAAGGAGGGAAAGAGAUCAAGUCUUUACCGGUGUAUGUCAGUUUUGUACAAGUGGGCAAGCAAUAUGAGAAGGAGAUACAACAAGGAGGUGCAAAAAGAAUCCUCAGUCAGGAGUGUAAAACAGUACAAGAGACCAGGGGAACCUUUUAUACCACUAGACAGCAAAAGCCACCUCCUUCUCCCCAAGGUAGCCCAGAGGACGACACUCUAGAGCAAGUGUCUUUUCUAGACAGCUCUGGGAAGAGCCCAUUAACCCCAGAAACCCCCAGUUCAGAAGAAGUGAGUUACGAGUUCACAUCUAAGACGCCAGACUCGCUCACAGCGUAUAUACCAGGCAAGCCCAGCCCGAUUCCCGAGGUUUCGGAGGACUCUGAGGAGGAGGAACAGGUCAAGUCGGCCUCCUUGAAGCAGACGGCAGUGGAGGAGACAGCCACUGAGCACGUGAUGCCGAAGGGUGUGAGCAAAGACUCCAACCAAAGACCGAAAUGUAACAGGGUUGCCUACAUUGAAUUUCCCCCUCCACCGCCGCUGGAUGCGGACCAGAUGGAGUCGGGGAAGCAGUAUCUUCCUGAAAGAGAGGGGGACCUGAUUGAAGUCAGUUUGCAAGAGGAGCAUGAUAAGUACCAGCUGGCAGAGCCAGUCAUCCGAGUGCAGCCCCCUUCGCCAGUGCCUCCCGGGGCGGACAUCAGUGAUUCCAGCGACGAUGAAUCCAUCUACCAGCCCGCCCCCGUUAAGAAAUACACCUUCAAACUGAAGGAAGUCGAUGAGGAACAAAAAGACACAACAACAGCCAUAGCGUCCGCUGAAAAGGUUUCCAGCCCCAACGAACUGGAAACAAAUGGAACUGGAAAGGACGGCGAAUUUGGCCUUGGCCUUGAGUCCCCUCAGAACGAAGCUGCCCAGAAUGGCAACAAUGACCAGUCCAUCACGGAGUGUUCCAUCGCGACCACAGCUGAGUUUUCCCAUGACACAGAUGCCACUGAGAUCGACUCUUUGGACGGCUAUGACCUGCAGGAUGAAGACGAUGGGUUGACGGAGAGUGAUUCGAAACUCCCCAACCCCGCUGUGGAAAUCAAGAGAGAUGUCUGGAACACAGAGGGCAUUCUGAAGCCAGCCGACCGCUGUUUUAGCCAGAGCAAACUUGAAGUUAUUGAGGAAGAGGGGAAGGUGGGGCCAGAGGAGGACAAGCCGCCUUCCAAAAGUUCUUCGUCCGAAAAGACGCCCGAUGUGACUGAUCAGAAGUCCGGGGCCCAGUUUUUCACCCUAGAAGGCAGACACCCCGACAGAUCCGUGUUUCCUGAUACUUAUUUCAGUUACAAAGUAGAUGAAGAAUUUGCCACUCCUUUUAAAACCGUAGCGACCAAAGGCCUAGAUUUCGACCCUUGGUCUAAUAACCGAGGGGACGAUGAAGUUUUCGACAGUAAAUCGCGGGAAGAUGACACUAAGCCAUUCGGUCUGGCGGUGGAAGACCGGUCGCCAGCAACAACCCCCGAUACAACACCAGCCAGAACACCCACCGAUGAAAGUACCCCUACUAGUGAGCCUAACCCCUUCCCAUUUCAUGAAGGAAAAAUGUUUGAGAUGACUCGCAGUGGUGCAAUUGACAUGAGCAAGAGGGACUUUGUUGAAGAGAGGCUCCAAUUUUUCCAGAUUGGUGAGCAUACUUCUGAAGGGAAGUCAGGGGACCAGGGGGAAGGGGAUAAAAGUGUGGUCACUGACCCCCUACAGCCACAGUCAGGGGACACCACUGUAGAAACCAAUCUAGAGAAAACUGUCGAGGCACCUGCAGUGGAGCCGAACCCCAGAGUCGCAGUCAGCGGAGAGUGUCAGGAAGGGGCACCCAGUAGUGGUUCCCUGGAGAAAGCAGCCGCAGCCACUAAUUCCACUAAAGUUGACCCCAAGUUGCGCACGCCUAUAAAAAUGGGAAUUUCCGCUUCCACCAUGACCAUGAAGAAAGAAAGCCCCGGAGAAAUGACAGAUAAGCUAGACGCUGUGGUGACCAGUUGUCAGGGACUAGAGAAUGAAACUGGAAUGCUCUCGAGGGCAGCCAGUAGCCAGUUGGGCAGUAGCCCUCAAGAAAAACACGAUUUUCAAAAAGAUAAUUUUAAUAACAACAACAAUUUGGAUCCUUCCACUAUACAGACAGAUCCCAUGACCAGCAAUGUAGCUCUGACAGAACAUUCUGCCCCCCCUCCUUGUACCACAGACAAAGCUAACCCCGUGAAAAGUUCAUCAGGAAAAAGGGCAGGGCUCUUGCCAGGACACGGUCUAAGAGAGCAGCAGAAAGUUCCCGGAGAGCAACAAAAGACGAGAGAAUCGGUAGGGAUUAGGCGAAAAUCCAAACUUCCCAUAAAGGCCACUUCACCCAAAGAUCUCAUCCCACCAAAUCAUAUGCCAAACAUGAAAGUGAGCAGAGCGAAGCAGGCUAGUUCAUCUGAGAAAACCAGAGCCCUUACUUCUUCUCCAUGGGUAGAUGUCAAGUCCAGAAUUCCAGUCAAACACACACACAAGGAGCACCCAGCUCCUGUUAGAGACGCAUGCGCCACACAAAAGCCAGGUCAGUCAGAGAGAGGCAAAGCCAAACAGCUCCCAUCCAAGUUGCCAGUCAAGGUAAGAUCAACCUGUGCCACUAGCACCAGAUCCACCACCACCACCACCACCACCACCACCAGCACCACAGCCAAAGUUAGGAAAAGUCAGCUGAAGGAAGUCUGUAAACAUUCCAUUGAAUAUUUUAAGGGAAUUAGUGGUGAGACCUUAAAGCUUGUGGACCGCCUCUCUGAAGAAGACAAAAAGAUGCAAUCCGAGUUGUCCGAUGAGGAAGACAGUACCUCCAGAAACACGUCGUUGUCCGAGACCUCCCGGGGUGGCCCGCCUUCAGUUCCCACGAAGUCUGCUAGAGAUAAGAAACCAGAGGCGGCACCUUUAAAAUCAAAGCGUGACAAAGCCGGCAGUGAGAGAAGGAGCAGUAGGAGGACUGGUCCACAGAGUCCUUGUGAACGGACGGAUAUCAGGAUGGCGAUAGUAGCCGAUCAUCUGGGACUUAGUUGGACAGAACUGGCCAGGGAACUGAAUUUCUCAGUGGAUGAAAUCAAUCAAAUACGUGUGGAAAAUCCUAAUUCUUUAAUUUCUCAAAGCUUCAUGUUAUUAAAAAAAUGGGUUACCAGAGAUGGAAAAAACGCUACAACUGAUGCCCUAACUUCAGUCUUGACAAAAAUUAAUCGAAUAGAUAUAGUGACGCUACUAGAAGGCCCAAUAUUUGAUUAUGGAAACAUUUCCGGCACCAGAAGUUUUGCAGAUGACAACAAUGUUUUCCAUGACUCUGUUGAUGGUUGGCAGCAUGAGACAUCCAGUGGGAACUUGGAGUCCCCUGCUCACGCCCGAAGAAUAGCUGGUGGCUUACUAGAUCAACUGGAGGACAGUCCUGACCAAUGCAGGGAUUCCAUUACCUCAUAUCUCAAAGGAGAGCCUGGGAAAUUUGAAGCCAACGGAAGCCACGCGGAAGUCACUUCAGAUGCAAAGACAAAAUCUUACUUUGCAGAAUCCCAAAAUGAUAUUGGGAAACCGAGUGGUAGGGAAACGCUGAAACCCAAAACACACGGAUCUGGUCGUGCUGAGGACCCAGCAUCAGCACUAGCAGCGUACCAGAAGUCUCUGGAGGAAACCAGCAAGCUUGUCAUAGGAGAGCCUAAACCCUGUGUGCCUGUCAGCAUGAAGAAAAUGAGUAGGGCUUCCCCUGCAGACGGCAAGCCACGGCUCAACUUCCGCGAAGAAGAGGGGUCCAGUGGGUCUGAGCAGAAGCAGGGAGAAGGUUAUAAGGUGAAGACGAAGAAAGAGAUCCGGCACGUGGAAAAGAAGAGCCACUCCUAACAUUGAACUGCCCCAUCCGUCAAGGUGGCUCGUGUUUUUACUGCCAGUAUUGAGAAAUCCAUGGGAGAACUGUCAACAGGAAGGAGAAGUUCAUGGAGAAGGGUGUGUGUGUGUGUGCGCGAUUUUCACACAUUUACGGCAUGAUUUUUUUUCUUUUUAAUGCAAAGACAAAAAACAAAACAAAAAAAGAAGAAGAAGAAGAAGACAAACACCCACCAUUUUAAUUUAGCAUGAGCCAAUUUACAGAGCAUGAAAACUCACUUUCAUUCCCAGGAUUGGCACGUGUGCAAUUAGCAAUGCAGUGUAUAUACAAGAAGCCAUGCUGUUAACUGUUGAUCUCAAGUAAUUUGGUGUCAUUAACAAAAGGAAGGAAUUCCUGCCGCGGGAAGGGUCGAGAGGAGAUGAAAUGACCAAAUCUUGGAGGGACACUAAAAUUACUAAAUCCACAACAGCUCGCCUUAUUUUUCUUGGACCCAAACUGUCAGGGUAUAAAACACUAUUUGUUUCUUUUUUAAAACACCAAUAGUUUUGCUGUAAAUAAUAACACUGUAUAAAUUCUAACAGGAAAAAAAUAGAAUUAACGUUGAUAAGGCACUGCCUCUUAGAACAUCAACAGAAUAUUGCAAAUGCGUUUAACACAAUAGGGAUCUCAAGUGACUUCACCCUAGAGGAGAGAGGGGAGGGAUUUGGGGGUGGGAGGCCAGGGAUGGGGGAUCCUCACUGAUUCAUGUAUAUUAGCAAUUAUAAUGUUUGUAUAUGCAAAACCGCUAGCUUGAUUUAAAAAAAAAAAAAAAGCAAAACUUUAAAAUCUGCUGCAAAUUUAAAUAAUUCCCCAAACGAGGAAUUCUGUAGUCCUGUGAAAAUUUUUCUUCAGAAUACUAAUAUUUUGAUGCAUGUGCACCACCUUAUUUUGAUGAAAUCUUUUCCAAUUUUGCAAACACGACAGUAUACUGCAACACAGAGGAUUUUAUCUGUAAACAUGAAGCCCUUCAUCUAAUAUUUGUUGCUGUUGCCAAUUUUUCAAUGAAAUGACCUAAAAAGGGGGGAAAAAAAUAACCUAAAACAGUAGUUGCUUUAGGGGGAGGGGGGAUGCUAAUGGUUAGUGCUUAAAAGGGGGUACUGCUUGCCGCUUUCGAGGUGGAUGGUGCUCAUACGAGGCCUCGUUUGGGGGUAUUUAAACUGAACCGAAGCACUUAGCCUGUAGAAUGGCAGCACGCUGUAAAAUUAUGACUGUAUCGUGUACUGGCUCUAAGACGUAGACACCUUUCGGUAAGCCAAUCAUUUGUAAGCAUUCUAGCAAUGUCAUAUUAGGUUAAUAAGGCUGCUGUGUUUCAAAGGGCAUUUUUAUUUGGGUUUUGGUGAAAUUCUUUAAUUUGUUGAUUAUAUUCAUAUAAAAUCAGCAUUCAUUGACACAUAGCUCUAAUGACAUAUGUAUGAAAAAAAACCACACACUGGAUGACCUAGAUGAUUAUUUAACAUAAAAUAAAUUGUGUUAAACUCCU